AAUACCCAGAUAAAUAAUUGCACCCAGAUAUACAUAUAGUAGUCUAUCUUAUGUCCCCAGGCUAUGGAGUACCUAGGCAUCUAAGUACCAACUAAUCGUGUUUGAAUUGUGUUUAAAAUUGCGAUGAGAAAAAACUCCCGGAUUACGCAAGGCCUUUAUUAUUAUACAAUGAGUGCCUAUCAAUUAGUUUGUCUUUAAGCCUUUUAUCAAGAUAAAGAAGAUACCACUAAAAGUAUUUUCAUGUUAUUUUCUGUUAUCUUCAUCCAUUCAUCCCUUGAUAAGUUCACAUCUGAGAAAUAAUUUAAAGUAGAUACUUAGGUAGAUAUUUAAAAGAUUUUUAUGGCAGUGACCCUCCCUUUGCCGUACGGCCUCAAUUCGGCCGGAACGUUGAGUAAAGAAAAAGUUUUUCAUGACGCAUAAUGCACUGGAUACCAUGCAUCGGAGCCAGGGACGAGGUGGAAGAGCAUUCUAAACAGAUUGACAGAGAAAUCAAACAAUGGAUCAAGUCUUAUAAUCAGGCAAUUAAGCUAUUACUACUGGGAACAGGAGAAAGUGGGAAGACGACUAUUAUAAAACAAAUGAAAAUUCUACACGUGCAAGGAUUCUCUGCCAGUGAACGAGCAGAAAAAGCGAUUCACAUUCGUCACAACAUCCACGAAUCUAUACAUGACAUUGUGAACAGCAUGGCGGAGCUUGGCAUAGAGCUGCAGAAACCAAAGAAUAGUGCAUCCAAAGAGUAUAUACUCAAACUUGGCGAUGAUGGACCUAAGGAGUAUAAUGAAGAAUAUUUCGACCACGUAAGAGCGUUAUGGCAAGAUAAGGGAGUCCGGGAAUGCUUUAAAAGAUCCAACGAAUACCAACUCAUAGACAGUGCUGAAUAUUUUCUAGAUAGAAUAGAUCUCAUUGAAAAUCCGAAUUACAUACCAUCAGAUGCCGACAUUUUGAGAUGUCGACGGAAAACUACUGGAAUACAGAAAAUUGAAUUUAAAGUUAAGGUCCCAAAAUCAAUGCACGGAGGUACACAAGAAUUUUGGAUGUUUGACGUUGGAGGACAGAGAGGAGAAAGAAAAAAAUGGAUACAGGUAUUCGAAGGUAUCCACGCGAUCUGGUUCCUGGUGGCGUGCAGUGACUUCGAUCAGACCCUCAGGGAAGAUGGCUCGCAGAACCGACUCCAAGAAGCUUUGGAUCUGUUUCAAGAUGUUUGGCAGAGUAGAUUCCUCCUAGAAGCCGGUCUAAUCCUGUUCCUAAACAAGCAAGAUAUACUAGAACACAAGAUAUCUCAGGGCCGAAGCAUCGCGCCCUACUUCCCCGAGUACGAGCGGUUUAACGCGCAAGGGGACGAGUAUACGCGAACCAAGAUGUUUAUUAGGAGUCUGUUUGUGGAACUUAUAACAAAGAAACGCGAACGCCACCGCUUAGACGCCUCAGCUGAACGGUUCGUGGUCGCCGAAGCCCGUCGCGCUAGGGAAUGCUACUUCCACUUCACGACGGCCACCGACACUGAUAAUGUCAGGACUGUCUUCAGAGAUGUUCACCAGAUCAUACUGACACAUUUGCUGAAUAAUUUGGGAGUUUAUUGACCUGGGGCGCGAUUCUACUGAUUUUACUUAAGCGACAUUCGAUUCACAUCCGACUGAGAUCCAAUCAAGACUCAAUUACGAUUGAAGCGUAUUUGGCAUUCCGCUAUUUUUUCUUUCAAAUAAGUAAAGGUUUUUAUCCUUUAUUUAUAUGGUUAAAACUGCCAUUGCGAUUAAAUUUUGACAUAAUUAACUUAGGAGAAUCGGGCCCCAGAUCAUACUGACACAUUUGCUGAAUAAUUUAGGAGUUUAUUGACCGGCUUUGUUGGUUGAUUAGCUUUAGCUUCCUACCUAAGGGAACCCGGACAAAAUAUAUAGCCUUACUUAUAUAAACGUGAAUUAAAUAAUAAGUAAUACUUAAGGGCUGUUUAAGAAAAAAUCUUAUUUAUAAACGUUGCUUGCAUGAACCCAAAUAUUUAAUUACUAAUUAAGGCUUUAAGUAGUAAUUAGUUAAAAUGAUGCUUAGAAGAUGAUUAGAUGAUUUUUAUAAGUAAGGCUGUUAGUCUUCAGAAAUGUUCAUCAGAUCAUACUGACACAUUUGCUGAAUAAUUUAGAAGUUUAUUGACCUGUUUUGUUGGAAACCGCUUCUGCCAACAGUUUCACCCGUAUCUUCGGGGAGACCACGUCUAGUAGCCGUAUAAAAUACUAGCUUCUGCCAGCGGUUUCACCCGCAUCCUGUGAGAACCUCUGCACGAACCCGGAUAAAAAGUACUUCCUCGAUAAAUGGGCUAUCUAACACUGAAAUCAUUUUUCAAAUCGGACCAGUAGUUCCUGAGAUUAGCGCGUUCAAGCAAACAAACAAACAAACUCUUCAGCUUAAUAAUAUUAGUACCUAUAGAUAGCUUUUGUAAAUCGAUUCAGUAAUUUCGGAGCCUUUAGGGUACAACAAACAAACAAUAAAUGUUUCUACACUAGAUUCUGUUAGCAGUUUCACUCGCUUCUCGUGGGGACUACUAAAUACCUAUAUAAAAAAAUAAAUUAUAAAUUUAAAAAAAACCCCCGACCCAAAAAAAGCACGCAAUUAUUAUGACAAAAGGUUAAAAACGCUAAACCCUAUAAAAAGCAAAAAAUAACUUUUAACACUACGUAAGUACCAACUAAA